CAGUCAGUAUUUACUGAUGAAGAGCAUGAAGCCAUACAAGAAUGUCUACGUCAAAGAUUAGGACCUAAAUUUAUCAGUCAAAGAACUGGACCAGGGGGAUCAAAGCUGGCCUAUAUUGAAGGAUGGAAGUUGAUUAAUCUAGCUAAUGAGACGUUUGGUUUUAAUGGUUGGUCCCACUCUGUCACUAAUCAAACUGUUGAUUUUGUAGAUCAUAUUAAUGAUCGAUAUUAUGUGGGUGUUAGUGCGUUAAUGAAAGUACAGUUAAAAGACGGUGUUUAUCAUGAAGAUAUAGGCUAUGGUGUUAGUGAAGGAUUGAGAUCCAAAGCAUUGUCUAUUGAGAAGGCUAGAAAAGAGGCUGCCACUGAUGGCUUGAAAAGGGCUUUGAAAAAUUUUGGAAAUGCUAUGGGUAAUUGUUUAGGAGAUAAAGAUUAUUUAAAAUGUUUAGUGAAGGCACCAAAACCAGUAAGUAUGAUAUGUUGA